AUGGUUGAGGAGACGCCGGACGGGCUGCUCUUCGAAGACCAUGAUUUCUCCUCCGACCUGCUGAGGCAGCUGGACGGCCUGAGACACCGCAGGAUCCUGACAGACGUGCACAUCUGUGCCGGGGCCCGGGAGGUCCCCUGCCACCGCUCCGUGCUGGCCGCCAGCAGCCCCUACUUCAGGGCCAUGUUCUGUGGCAGCUUCCGGGAGAAGGGUCAGGCCAAGGUGCGGCUGCAGGGCCUCGACCCCCCGAGCCUGGAGCAGGUGGUCUCCUACGUGUACACGGGGCAGGUGCACGUCACGGCCCAGAAUGCCCUCCCCUUGCUGGAGGCCGCCUCCAUGCUGCAGUUCCCCAAGCUGGCGGAGGCCUGCAGCACGUACCUGCAGGGCCAGCUGGCCCCCAGCAACUGCCUGGGCCUGGCCAGGCUCGCAGAAGUCUUUGGCUGCGAGAGCCUGCGGAGGAGAGCCAGGGAGGUGGCCCUGACGCGCUUCCCGGAGGUGGCCGCGUCGGCAGACCUGAAGGAUCUCUGCGCCUGGGAGCUGCGAGACUACCUCGGGGACGACGGGCUGUGCGGCGAAGAGGAGAGGGUGUUCGAGGCCCUCAUGGCGUGGGUCAAGCACGACCCCCGGGCCCGGACGCGGCACUUGCAGGACCUGCUGGGGCAGGUCCGGCUGCUGUACGUCCACCCGGCCUUCUUCCACCACGCCAUCGCCAGCGACGCCCUCCUGCAGGCUUCGCCCGCGUGCCGGGCCGUCCUGGAGGCCGCCCAGAGGCACAUGUCCUCGGCGUGCUGGGCCCUGCCGUGGGUCGCUCCCAGGAGCUCCUACCGGGACUUCCUCCUCCUCCUGGGGGGGAGGAAGGAGAGCCAGCAGACCACCAGGGACGUCCUGCUGCUCGACCGGCAGGCUGGCCAGUGGCGGGAACUGGCCAAGCUCCCCGCCCGGCUGUACAAGGCCUCCGCCGUGGCCCUGCACCGCAGCGUCUACGUGCUGGGGGGCAUGGCCGUCAGCACUGGGCGGGGCCUGGUCAGCCCCAGCGUCUACGUCUACUCCCUCAAGCUCAACCAGUGGCAGCUGGGGGAGCCCAUGCGGGAGGCCCGCUACUCCCACGGGAGCACGGCCCACGGGAAUUUCAUCUUCUCCCUGGGCGGCCUUGGGGAGGGGCGCGAGCUCCUGGGCUCCAUGGAGCGGUACGACAGCAGCUGCAACGCCUGGGAGGCCAUGGCCAGCAUGCCUGUGGGGGUGCUGCACCCGGCCGUUGCCACCAAGGACCAGAGGCUCUACCUCUUCGGGGGCGAGGACGUCAUGCAGAAUCCCGUGCGCCUCAUCCAGGUCUAUCACAUUUCCAGAAACUCGUGGUUCAAGAUGGAGACACGGAUGAUCAAGAACGUGUGUGCCCCCGCGGUGGUGCUCGGGGAGCGCAUCCUCAUCGUGGGAGGGUACACGAGGAGGGUGCUCGCCUAUGACCCACGGGCCAACAAGUUCGCCAAGUGCGCAGACAUGAAGGACCGCAGCAUGCACCACGGGGCCGCCGUGCUGGGAGGCAAGCUCUACGUGACGGGUGGGCGGCGGCUGGCCCCCGACUGCAGCGUGGAGGACUCGGCCGCCUUCGACUGCUACGACCCCGAGACGGACUCCUGGACGGCCCAGGGCCAGCUGCCACACACGCUCUUCGACCACGCCUGCCUGACGCUCCGGGGCAUACCCUACUCGCCCGCCCUCCCUUGAGCCUGCCGGGGCCCCUGACCCCGCCAGCAUGGCCGCUGUGUCAAGGGACAGACCCUGCUCCAAAGGG